GUUGGGGUCACUUGCGUGUUUCCCAUCGAUUUGGCCAAGACCAGACUUCAGAACCAGAGACCGGGCCAGCAAGUCUACAAGAGCAUGAUUGACUGCCUCAUCAAAACAGUACGAUCUGAGGGAUACUUUGGCAUGUAUAGAGACAUGGGUCCCCGCUGGGAUAGUGAAGGCUAGCCGAUAAGGCGCAGCCACGCUGGAGGCAAAUCAUUUAUCAUGGUUCUUACCUACUCUGCUCUAUUACAACUAGGCACCAAUUUUUUGUUUUAUUUAUAGAUAAUUGUUGAAUCAUUUUGAUAUUUACUUUUUUGCUUCUUGUUUCUUUGUAGAUUAUUUCUUAAUUUUUUUUUUCCACUUUCUUCACUGUCCUUGCUCUUGUCUCAUUCGGUACUAACCCAUCUUGCCAUGUUCUGUUAACAUCUAGAAUGUUUUGUUGGAUAUUAUCAUCAUCACUUACACUCAUUAUCUGCUUUCUUUUUUCUUUUUUCUUUAAGAUCAGUCUGAUCAUGUGAACAACUGCUGUGCUUCUUUUAAACACAGUGGUAUAUUUAAAAUAACAUGGUCCCAGUUAGGGGUGGGCAGUAUGAACAAAUUCUUACAUCAUUGUAAAUGUAUAACACAAUUGUUUUUACCUGAAUUCAAGUAAAAAAUAUUUUUAUAUUACAUAAUCAUGUAAUAAUGCUUGGUUUUGAUAAUGUAGUGAAUCUUAAUCUUAUUUUCUUGUAUAUAAAAUUUUUUUAUUAAAAAAAUAUUUAAACUUGAUUGGGGGGAGGGGGGGGGGGUAAAUCACCCAAAUUCAUAAUUCUGGCAUCAGUGUAAAACAGAUUUACUUUAUUUAACGAGUUUAAAAACAACAUCUGCACAACAUUUGAAGCUGUUGUAAAAUAGCCGUGACUGCACAUCAGAUGAUUUACUUUACUAAUGCUACAGUUAGCACAUGCAAAGCAUCAAAUCUGCACAUCAAAGCUGUCUUCAUCGGAAGCGAAGUGUUUGCAGAUUUAAUGCUGCAUAAACAGCAUAGCAAAUUCUCACAUUUCUACACUUGCACAGUAUAUACCGUCAUACUGCACAACUCUAAUGACAGUCUCUUUCUGGAAUGUGCCUGCAUUCUUUUCUCACUAAAUUGAAUAUUCUGUCUUAUAUUUCUAUCUUCUGUUUGUCUAUAUAUUAGUUCAUUUUAUUUAUUUUUUUCAUUUUGUUGAAUUUGUUCACAUUAUGUAAAAUCCCCCUCCAUCAUCUCACAGUUUUCUCAUAAGCUUUGCUUAUUUUCUUAGUCUGUUAGUGGCAUUUUUAUCUUAUCUACUUGAAUGGUACUUGAUAAGGUCAUGUUGUAGAUUUAUCUACUGGUUUGAUGGUGGUGGGGAAUGUGUGUUUGCUGAUCUGUGAUCAGUUGUGGUGUGGUUUUCUUAACCCUCUGUUUGUUUGUCUUUUAGGUGCUGCAGUUAAUCUAACACUGGUCACUCCUGAGAAGGCCAUCAAACUGGCAGCCAAUGACUUCUUCCGGUACCACCUCUCCAAAGAUGGGAGAGGGUUGACUGUAUUUAAAGAGAUGUUGGCUGGGUGUGCUGCUGGCAUGUGCCAGGUUGUCAUCACUACUCCAAUGGAGAUGCUGAAAAUUCAACUACAGGAUGCUGGGAGGCUAGCUGCACAGCAGAGAAAACCAGGCAUCAUCCCUCCAAAUAGACUGGCAACCACAAACGCGGUGCUGAGUCGCUCCUACAAUGUGGUACCCAAUGCCUCACCCAGGGCUAUAUCUGCCACCCAGAUCGCAAGAGAGUUACUGCACACUCAAGGCAUUCAGGGGCUCUACAAAGGCCUCGGAGCAACUCUAUUGAGAGAUGUACCUUUCUCCAUCAUCUACUUCCCUCUCUUUGCAAAUUUAAACAAGUUGGGCAAGGCCUCCCCUGAUGAUGCCGCACCAUUUUAUUGGUCAUUCAUCUCUGGAUGUGUUGCGGGCUCCACAGCAGCUGUUGCUGUUAACCCAUGUGAUGUGGUUAAGACCAGGCUGCAGUCUCUGAGCAAAGGAGCCAAUGAGGAAACCUACAGUGGCAUAAUCGACUGUUUCAGCAAGAUCUGGAAGCGAGAAGGGCCGUCUGCUUUCCUGAAGGGUGCAGGUUGCAGGGCUCUAGUCAUCGCACCGCUGUUCGGCAUUGUGCAGGUCAUGUACUUCGUCGGCGUCGGAGAGUUUAUCUUGAGCCAGUCCCCCCUAAAGCUAAUCUCUGACUGAACAGACCCCAGUACCUCUGAGUCAACCAAGACUGUGGCAGCUACGCAACCAACUGAACAUUUACAAGAAAAGAUAAACAUUAAUCAAGAUGGUAAAGUUGUCGAAAGAACGACAACGUCUACUCUUGUUAAGUUACUGUGAGUUUAUCCAGCCUUACUGCACUUCCUCUAUGGUUUACAUGCUUAUUUGAUGGGCUGUAGCCAGUGUUUUGCACUUGUUGGUAAGGAUAUGUCUGGAGGAGAGCGCUUAAGACGUGCUUACAUUUUCUAGAAGCAUAUAUGGAAGUUUCCCCUCAAUGAGGGAGACUGGUGUCGUGGUAAUGACACUAAUGACUGACCUUUUUUUUUUUUUUUUUUUUUUUUUCUCUCCAUCUAUCCACUUUGUACAAUUCUUUUUGUAUUAAUACUUGCUUUAUCUCUUUUUUUUUUUUUUUUUUUUUUUUUUUUUUUUUUUUCCUACUUGGAAUUCAUUUAUUUCUGUUCUUGUCACUGUUUUUAGUGUCUAAACAAUUGGGUUACUUAAUGCUUUUUGUUAAUAGUUUUAGGGAAUGUCACUGACUUCUAUUCCAUUUAGUUCCAUCAGAUGCACAUGCCCUCCAUCUUGCUCAAUUUUGGGGAUGUAUGUGAGGUGCAGUCUAAAAUUCAAGAUUAUCUUGAUGAUUACCUAAAACAGACCAACAUUUGAUGCAUAUCGUAUUUAUGCAAUAUUUGCAAUUUUGUAGACUUGCAUUUAUUUUUCCUUCCGUUACAUGGACCAGCGUGUGUUACAACUGUAAUUUCCUGAGAUUUCUAAUCCUAAAGCAUAGGUCAUUAUUUUCAGGUCAUGUGUUUGCCUUAAAUUAACACAAUUUACAAACUUUUCACAAAGUUUGAGGGACUCGGCCUUGAACAAGGCUGUAUAUUUAAGUGCUAUAAUGUGUUGUGACUACAGUAUUAACAUCAAUCCACAAUGACACUUCAACACAACGUAUUAAUUUCUGUUCAAUGGAAAUGGUUUAUUCAAUAUUGCAAAAAUAAAAAAGCAAAUGUUUA